UAUAUUAAAAAAUGGUCAAGUUGGUAGUUUUGGUGACGGCGGUAGCUCUGAGUAUCUGCUUCUUUCUCCAAACUUCAGAAGCAAAACGUCCUGCCGGGCAAGGAUUUUGUUUCCAGAGGUACAACCAAAAAACUGGAGAAUGCAAGAAAAGAAUGAAAGUAUUCAAGCAACUGAAAGGCGAUUGUUGCUCAAAUGGCGGCGGAGGAUGGAGCUCUAAAAAAAAAGACAGAACAAGAUGUGAGCCUUGUAAGACUUCUAAUAAAGUAACAAGUUACUGGGGACCCUGGAAUGCGUGGAGUAAAUGCAACGCGACGUGUGGUCCUUCAUUUGAAGUCCGUAACAGAACAUGCAUCUCUAAGGGAAAGCCAAACUGCAAGGGAUCUGGAGAGGAAUGGAAACGCUGCAAGACACCACCCUGUCCAAUCGAUGGUGGUUGGUCUGACUGGGGUAACUGGACAAGGUGCUCGGUGACUUGUAGGAAUGGCACACAAAUACGAACUAGGACCUGUACCAAUCCUCCUCCGCAGUUUAAUGGCAAAGAGUGUCAGGGGAAACUGGAAGAUGGAAGAUCUUGUAUGGAACAAGAGAAAUGCCCGAUUGACGGGGGCUGGGGCGAUUGGAGCGCAUGGUCAGGAUGUAGUUUGACGUGUGGAAUUGGAACAAGACAACGUGAGCGAAAGUGUGACUCACCAAAACCUCAGUAUGGUGGCCAAAUGUGUAAAGAAAGUGAAAGACUUGAUAUAAAACAUUGCAGGGAACAAAAAUGCCGAGAAGAAUUCUCAGGAUCCGGUUCAGGAGAUGGCUGGGAAAGUGGUGAUGGAUCAGGAUCCGGCUCUGCGGGGUCUGGGUCUGGGUCUAGGGCAGACGACGGGUGGGGGGUAGGUGGUAGAAGGAGAAAGAGAGCCUGGAGCGAUGAUGAAGACUUACGAUGAGUGACAGAUGUUACGUCUACGUUGGCAACGUCCUCAAGAGUUCCUUUAUAGAGUAGUUAAGCGAUCGUUUCAUUUCUUAUAAUUUUAUAAUGAAAAUGUUACGCUUUUAAAAAUUAGGGAGGGAGUGGAGAGUCGCCGAUGAUGAUCCGCCAAAGACGUAGCAAAGGGUCAUUCAGAGUUUUUUUUUUCCUUGAAAAUUUGCCAACCAAAUGGUGCAAAAGAUUUGCAGUAGUGCGUUAGACGUAGAGCUGAUGAUUAGAAAAGGUUUUAGCUUCUUAAGUUAUUUUUUUUCUUUAGAAGAGAGAUAUAAACUAUGAGUCAAAAUAUCAACAUCCGUCAGAAAAGUAAUCAAACAUUUGAUGUCUUCAAAAUGUUUUAACUUGUAACCAGAGACUGAGAUUUUGUCGUUUUGAAGGAAAUGGUACAAGUUUCUCGAUAAAUUCUACUUUGCCAUUGAAACUUUAGUGAAUUUGAUACUUUUUCGGUCAGAACUGAUUGAGCAAUAACGACUUAUCCAAAGUAAUAAAACUGAUGAAAUCUAAGAAUUCAUCUCAGAGUCUAAUAGUCAGAAGUUGUUAGAAAAAUAUGAAUAUUUAGAAUACUUGGUUAAGAAUAUUUGACUAAGGUUCACUAAUUAGGUGAAGAUUUUAUCUAUCUUCAGAAUACGAGAGGAGUCGGGAAUCAGGAGCUCGUUACAGUCUGACGAAGUUUGAUAUAAGCUUCACUGAAUUAUUUUUAUAAGGUUUGCGUGAGUUUCCCUCGUAUAAUCAUGUUCCUACUGGUUACGUUUUUGAAGUUCAAAUAAAUAAAAUAUUUUGGCAAAUUA